GCAAGACUUAACCAGUACCAACGCCCUAAACUAGGAUAAAACAAAACUGCAAACGGUUGCAGAAAAACGAUAUACGAAGAUACAAACCUUAAAGUUUGUAGAGUCGUUUCGAAUACCUAAGUUAACUGCUACUUGUCGCGUACGUAUGGUGUGUACCCUACACAGUGACAAUUCUUGGUUAAAUUUCCACAUAACUAUGCAUUUCUGCUAGUAAAGGAUUACGCCUGUUCUGUUUUGGCUGUUCUGAGAUUACCAAGUGUUGAUUGUCUCAUUUUGGUUCAGUUAGAAGUUGAUUUUGAUUUGUUCACAUUUUUACGUCUGCUUCAAAGAAUUAUUGUGCUUUUGACUCAUAGAUUUUACGUGAAUUCACUCUGUUGGAUCCAGUGUCACGAUUUUUUUGGAUAAAAUUUAAUUCUGCUUUUGCUCUCUGUUUAUCUGUGUCUCUCUUUAAUUCGACUUAAGCAGUUCAUUAAACUCUUAUUAGAACAAUACGCUGUUAUAUAUGAAUUCAUCCGGCGAUGUGAGUAUUCCUAGUAGCUGUCCAAAAAUUCAGCAUGGAGCUCUUUGGCUCUUCCGACAUAUGUACGAAUCUAAUCCGACCUUUGAACGUCAUUUAGUCUACUGCACCUUCAGUCACAAUGUACUCGGUAUGGUGCUUAUAGCUUUUGCUCAAGUCGAAGAUCAGAAUCUCCUUGCUUUUGUACUGUCACAACUUGGACCAGAUGCAUUUACUAUAUCACCAUCCAUGCACCAGAAGUACGAUUCAUUUGUACGCGCGCUAAACCUCAAUUGGAAGUUUUCUGGCUCAGAGCGCAAUGCGGCUAUUUGUCUUUUGGAAUACCUAUGUGCCGAUCCAGUGACAUUUUUCCUUGGAGAAAACUGGCAAGAUGCUGUUAUUGACCCUGCUUAUGCAAACACACUCUUUUGUACAAUGCGGAUAUUUCGAUCUUCGUCUCUUACUGACGAGAUUUUGUCAGUUAGUGAACCGCAUGGAUCUACUGCGUUCCAAAUAGACGUAGUGUUCAACCUACCGGAAGAGAACAGUUUACGAACAAGACUUGCUUCACUUCUUUCACAUUGGGGGCCGAUCCUUGGUUUGCCUUGCGAAACUGGUACUCACAGAAAAAAAACAUCCAGUCCCAAUCCAAGCGUAAGUUCUUCCAAGCGUUACGACAGUCCUGCUGGUAUUCGAAAAAAAUACAACUUAAUACGUGAGAUGAUUCAAACUGAAGCUACGUUCGUUCAACGACUUCGCCAUUUGGUAAAUGACUAUGCGGCUCCCCUCCGCCGACUUUCGAAAUCGGGACAACUAAUGAUUGGGCUGUAUGAAAUUAAUACUCUCUUUCCUCAAUCAUUAAAUAAACUUAUUCAAAUCAACUCUUCGUUUCUUGAUGAUAUUGAAGCUAUUACAAGCGGUUUAGAAUCAGUCGAGUUACCUCCUGAAAUCGAUGAAAAACUUGCUCUUUGUUUAGGAAACCAUUUUGCUGUAUUUUCACAACAUUAUCCACGGUAUCUCGAACAAAGUAGUGAUUUUGGGCUGAUGCUUAAGAAUGCUUGUAAGAAUACUAGAUUCAUGGAUUUCGUGGAACAGGUGAAAGUGUCUUCUUCUAUGAAUGUCAGCAUGAAUCAGUUAAUUAUGGAACCUGUUCAAAGAAUUCCAAGAUAUUCACUCUUUUUAGAUCAAAUUAUUGCACUUACCGGACCUGGGAAAACGAGAGAACUAUAUUGCGACGCUUUGGAAAUUAUCCGAAAUAUUGCUGAAAUGCCAACUAUCGAUGCUGAGGAUAGGUCAAAGGUUUUUGCUGGACUCCAAACGCUGAUUAUGGACUUUGCUCCUAAUUUAAUUUCUUACUCCCGCAGUUUGAUUUCAUGCAUUGAUUUGACAAGAACGGUCGUUAAAAACAGCCAAAAAAUAGUUACAUUCUACAGCAUAAUACUGUUUAACGAUCAAGUAUGUCUUGUCCAACGUUUGACAAAAGCCCCUUUUGCAAGCAUUGUCAUGGAGUUAAAAAGCAAGCCUGCGUAUGUUACGCUUCCUAAGGAAAGAAGAGCCUUCUUUCUCUGCUCGGCCCACAAUACUGAUAUUGAGCUAACUUCCGGUGUUCGUGACGAAAAUACACUAUGGCUUGUUGUACGAAAUGCUCCUGAAGACAGUUAUCUAUAUGCAAAUCCUAUCAACACGUUCAAAGUCGCAAAACACCAAACGUUGACCGUUAGAGAUUUCAUUUUUGAGUUUCAAAAAACAAUUGCUUACAACAAAUCUCAUUGCGCAAAUGUUCUUCAUACAUCUCAUAGUGAGUUGGACAUUUUUUCUUCUACGUUUAACGUAGAAGCUUAUAAGAAGGAGCCGAUACGCUCCUCCAUCAUCGUUCUUAUAUCGGAACCCGGUCAGAAUGUCGAGAAAACCUCGUUCCUGAGCGAUGGAAAUAUCAUUAUAUCCAUCACGGAUUAUGAAGAAGAGUUCAGUGUUUCUUUCGACAGCUGGCUUGGAAUUUCGCUUCCAGUCAAUAUGGUUGUGGGAAGGGAAGCAUUACGGGAACGGUUUCUUUCGGACUUGGUUCAAGUGAAGAGGCUAUUGGCAAGUCCUUUCAUUAAUCACUCGUUCCUUAAGAACCAAGUCUAUUUGCUAUUUAUAAAAAAAGUGCUUUCCAACCAUUCGAGCCCAAGGAGAAGUCGAUUAUCUUUCUCUGGACGUUCCAUCAGUCCCUCUCGGAUAAUGAAUUCGCUGAAAGAGAGUUCAAAGUUCCGAUCACGACCCAAAUCAUGGUCUAAUUCAUUGUCCAGCAAAAGUGAUCAACAGGAAACGCCUAGUAUAAGAAAAAGUCAAUACCCCAUCACUGCGAUGGAUGCAAUUGACUCUAUUAAAGCCGGAUUAUUUAUUUUCCAAAAGGCUAUUUUUAAUCUUACUGAGUUUUCUAAUAUGACUGAUCCUGUUUCAAUGGGAGAGGCGAAACAUGUCCGUAAGAUUUAUGAUGCUGUUACGAAGACUCCAAAGCGUGAAUAUGUCGUAAUGGGUUCACGGCCGAAACUUAUAUUUGCUGCAUUCAAAAACUACUUAUCUAAUUAUCUAUUAAAGAAGGCAGGAUACCUGUUACCGGCAAUACUUUUCCAACGGUUGAGCGUCGUUGAGAACUUGGAUUUGUCUUUAAAUUCAGAGAAGGCUAUUCAACUUGUGAGGGAUCUUUUACAUGAACUCACUGAGACAAGUAAUGCGCUGCUUGAAAUUGUUAUGAGUAUUACGUCUGAGUUAUUACUACGAUUACCUCGAAAAGAUCAAUGUGACCAUGUUUUGGAAGCGGUGGCAGCCGCUAUUUCCCCGUCUAUGUUUGGUUAUACUGCUCGGCAACUUGUUCAAUUUAUUGCUUAUAAUAGCGAAGAGCUCUUUGGAGAACCACAUGAGACAGAAGACGUCACACUGAACUUAGUCACAAAGGCAAGUCAUUCAUCGUGUGCCACUCCGAGCGCGUCGCCCUCAGCAGAAGGCUCCUCAGCCGGAGAAAGUGAAGUUAAUGAUGCACCUCCAGGAAUGGUCAGAGGUGAUGCUAUUAAGGAUCUGCAACGUGAAAUUGAAUUGGUUGAGGCUCAAAUCAAUAUGCUCGAACGAUUAAGAGAAGAGAGUGAGACCUCUAUUCCAGCUUUUUACGAGAAGUUUAACCAAGAUUUACGACGACUUAAACACUCCAUUCAAGCAAGCCUUGCUCGGCAUAAAACUGAGAUUGAGAUUGCUAAAUGGAGGUUGGUUGAAUUGGAAGAAAACGAACGGUUUCAGGAGAAUCCGGAUGCGGACGUUGGUUUGUUUAUUUGAUGGACAAUCAUUAGCAACAUCCUUCUUCCCUAUAUUCAUUCUCAGAAAAGUUUGCAAUGACGUUUCACUCUUUUUAAUACCCAUCGUAAUAAUUUCUCAUUCAACAAGUUGCAUUCGUUUCCAUUUUACAUAAUCGUCUACACUGUCGAAUCAUAACGAAUUACCACACAGUGAAUCCGCUUGGAAACUCGUCCAGAGCGCUUUUUAUCAGCGUGCAUGUACGGCGUUGUCUACUAUGUCAUAUUUAUCCCGUUCUUACGACGAAGUAGAGGUCUCUUUGUGUUGCUUCAAAAGCUCAUCUAUCUCAGUUGCAUUCCAAGUUUUGUAGACGACCUUGUCAUUUUCAUUCUUUACAAUCGUAGCGAUCUCAAUUUUUUCGGCAGAAAGAUUUGUGCUGUCGAUACUUUUGCUAAGAAUCUUCACAGCCAAAUCACAGGCAGCCUUCAUAUCCAUGUCGUCUUUGUAAUCUUGGCGCAUCAAGCUUUGAACACUUGCGUUAUUAGCACCGAUACUCGUUGCUUGCCAGCUUCCAUAGUUACCAGAGGGAUUGGACUGGUACAAUUGGAAACCAUGAACCUUGUCCCAACCGGCAUAAAUGAAAGAAACACCAAAAGGACGAAGUCCACCGUGUUGAGUGUAACCUUGUUUCAGAUCGCAAACGCGACGAACCAUUUGUUCGCAAGGGAUAUCCUCAUUGUAUGUUUGAAGGUAUUGUUGACCGACACGCCGGGCGUAAUUGAUCAAAAUGUUAGCGUCUGCGGUCAAACCGGCAACAGCGCAAAUCAUAUGGUCGCUGAGAACGUAAAGUUUUUCUGAAGACGUGUCUUGCUCGAGCAAUUUGCUAGUAACCUUUUUUUCUGCGGCCAGAAUAAUGCCAUCUUUAGAAACAAUGCCCAUAGCUACACCGGCGUGAUUAAUGGCUUCAAGAGCAUAUUCCACUUGGUAUAGUCGUCCCUCUGGCGAAAAGAUUGUCGUUCUAGAAUCGUA